UUGUCAAAGAAUUCUUUAACAGGUUCACUUCCAGAAAGCUUUUGCAACUUGACCAAACUUACAUAUUUAGACCUUUCUCACAAUACAUUAAGUGGUUCUUUGCUAAGUUGCCUGAACAUGCCGUUGUUGAUGUAUCUACAUUUGCAGGGCAAUCAUUUCAUGGGAUCUCUACCUUCUACUUUGGCUAAUUCUUCCUCAUUGUUGACUUUCGAUUUGAUGCAUAACAAAUUUUCAGGUCGAAUUCCAAGAUGGAUUAGCUCAUUCUCUAGUUUAAGGGUUCUCAUGUUAAAAGAAAACAAACUUGAAGGCUCUAUUCCGACACAUUUAUGUGAGCUCAAGAAUAUUAGAUUGUUAGAUCUUUCUCAAAAUAAGCUUUCUGGAGGCAUACCAUAUUGCUUGAAUAACAUCGGAUUUGGAAACAUGGAUGCAGCAAGUGAAAUCGAAAUAGGAAGUUUUAUUGUGUCCUGGACUACAAGAUCGUCUCAUUACCGUUUUGACAGUAUUACCGGUAAAGUUUUUGUACCAAAAGAAAAACAAAAUGUUACAUUGUGUAAAGUGCAAGAAGUAGAUUUUACAACAAAAAGCAGGUAUGAAUCUUACAAGGGAAGCAUUUUAAAUUUCAUGUCUGGGUUGGAUCUCUCUAGCAAUCAAUUGAGAGUUGCUCAUAAUAAUCUAUCUGGAAUGACACCUGAUAUGAAAAAUCAAUUUGCAACUUUUGGCUCAGCCAGUUAUGAAGGGAACCUUUUUCUAUGCGGUCCCCCUUUGCCGCAAAAUUGCUCAAUAGGAGGGAGAAACAGGCAACCUCAUCAUUUGGAUACAGAUGAUUUUCGAGAUGCUUUCUUAUGGAGUUUUGUUGGAGCAUUUGGGGUCUUUUUUAUAAGUGUCAUUAUAGUUAUUUAUUUGAAUCCUUACAUUUUCAAUUACAAACUACUUGUAUUAGAGAGAGUUAUAACAAGUUAUUUGUAUGAGUGAUGGCAAAAAGGAAAAAGGCUUUACUUAGAGUUCAAUUAGAGUUCAUAAGAUUUUGAUCAUGUAAUCGAUGGCCUGCUGAUCUUUUCUAGAAUUACAAUAACCAAAAGAUUGCUGGUUUCAAGUCUUCUCAGGAUCAGAAAGGAAACUUAAUUGAAAUAUUCGAAUCAUUACUUCU